AUGGCGAGGACUCUACUUUCCGUUCUGUGUCUCCUGGUUGGACUUGUAUGUUUCCCAAGUACAGAAUGUUGGGAAGCACCCUGGUUCUGUCAUGGACGUGAGUGUCCCGUGUACACUGUGGUACAACAGUAUGAGGGAUUUGAGGAGCGCAACUAUGAAGUGAGCCAUUGGAUUACCACUGAUGUUGCGAGUACCAGCAACAGUGAUUUAAAAGAUGGAUUUUGGAAAUUGUAUUAUUUCAAUCAAGGGCAAAACAGCGAGAAUAAGGAGAUUGAUAUGACCAGGCCUGUGGUGGUCUCUGUGAAGGAAGCUGAUGGUAUGGGGGAGCAACAGGUGUCCAUUUCCGUCUUUCAGUCUGACGCGGACAUCCCUGAGCCCAACGAUAAUACCAUUAGAAAAACAGUCAUACCAGGCGGUACUGUCUACGUCAGGUCGUUUAGUGGUGUGGCAUCUGAUCAAGACGCCUUAGAGAAUGUGCAGCAGCUUAGAGAGGACCUCAGGGCUGCAGGAAAGGAGUUUGUUGAAAACAGAUUUGAUGCAGCUGGAUAUGAUGCACCGUGGGAUUUGAUCAACAGGCACAAUGAAGUUUGGGUUUGUGCACCCUGAGGACUUGCAGAUCCUGAAAGUUCUGUCCCUCAUUCCUACGGUGUAGCCUCUUUUUACUUUAAAGUUCCAGUCAAUUGAAGAUUUCCUUGCAUAUCAU